AGUGCGCCCAACAGCGGACUCCGAGAGACCAGCGGCCCUCGGAACCAGCAGCACUCGCUCUCAACCACCCACUCACCACUCUCGGAACCAUGGCGGCAGUUGCGGCAGCCUCGGCGGAACUGCUCAUCAUCGGCUGGUACAUUUUCCGUGUGCUGCUGCAGGUGUUCCUGGAAUGCUGCAUUUACUGGGUAGGAUUCGCUUUUCGAAAUCCUCCAGGGACACAGCCCAUUGCGAGAAGUGAGGUGUUCAGGUACUCCCUGCAGAAGCUGGCGUACACUGUGUCGAGAACCGGGCGGCAUGUGCUGGGAGAGCGCCGCCACCGGGCCCCCAACUGAGGCUCCAGCCCCCACCCCUGGGCGGCCGUGUCACCAGGUGCUCCUGUGAAAUUCCACCAGCAUGGGAGCCAAUGCCGCACAGGAACGGGGGGUCCCCUCUGCCCUCUCGCCAGAGGAGCACUUGCCAAGGUCAGUGAGGGGCUGGUAGGCCCCCGGAGACGCAGCACCGACAAUGACGACAAUACCAGAUCCCUUCCCCACCCCUUUGCACCCGUCCCACUGCGGGUGGCGUUGAGGGGGGGGAUGGGGGAGCAGACCCCUGAGAUCUGGCCACAGGCAAUGCAUUCUGAUCUGGACCAAGUCGGGACAGCGCCAUCCCAGCCCCGCAGUGAAGGCCAUGCCAGCAGGCCCCACCACAGAGAUCCAGACAACCACACCAGCCAGCAAAAAUGGACAUUCCAACAUCACCAGCCGAAGCCCUGAAUCUCGGUGCAGCAUACAAGGCGACAACUGCGUGCCCGUGUGGCGGGACUGGAGGGCAAGGGUGAGGGAGGAGGGUUAAGAAGCUGAGUGGGGCCCUCUCACUGUCCCUUGCCUACAGCACGUGCAUUCCAGCCUUUCUGCCUCUGCUCCCUCAAUUCCUCUUUCCCCCUCACUCCCACCCAAAAGAAAUGUCACUCAAUUUGGACCUAUUCAACAAGAAAAUGAAUCCCAUCUUUACAAAAACACCUUCUCCGAGCCCCCAGCCCUUCACUGAUCUUGCUUUCCCCAGGUCUCACGCAAUUGUGGUCAAUAUUGUGGUAAUCGCUAAUUGUAAUGAUUGUAUAAGUGUGCAUUAGUUGUGUCUCCCCGGCUAGAUUGUAAGCUCCUGGAGGACAGGGACCGCCUCUACAAAAAAUAAAAAAAGUACCUCCCCCAUCUCGCACAGUGUCCCAGGACCCUGCGGGGUGGUGGAGGCGCACCAAAAA